AUGGAGGAUUAUAUUGCGGUGGUGUUGAUUACGUGCUUUGUUACUGUAUCUGGAAUCUUAUCAAACACGUAUGUGUUUCUUGCCGCUCGAAAAAUGAGCUCAAUGAGAAGCUCAUUUGGAACAAUUACCAAAAAUCAGACAAUUUGUAACUCGAUGAUGUGCUUCUGUUUUUUAUUAAUAGUCCCUGUUCAAUUCGGAUUCUUCACAUCUCCGAUUCGAUUCACUCAUUUUGUUGGAACAACUGCAAUGACAUCAUAUGAAAUAUCCAACUUAUCUCAUUUACUGAUAUCAGUCAAUCGAUUGUGUGCAGUUUAUCUCCCGAGUCACUAUGAAAAGUUCUUCAGUAUUCGUAAAACUAAAUUCAUGAUUUUGACAAUAUGGUUAACAUGCAGCUGGAAUCAAGAUGUCGAAAACUCAAAAACAGCGAGAACUGAAUUUCAUCCGACAGACGUUUUUCCAAGGAUUGAGCGUUACCACUGGUCAAAUCACUUAUUAUCUCAUCGCUCCUAUUUUGACAAAUCCUGUCAUCACAUUUGUAGUCGGAUCGUUAUGGGGAUUCAUGCAUGCUGUGGAGGGAGGAAUUAUCAUACUAUCGAAUAA